AUGGGUGUUCAAAAGAAAGAAAAGGUCCGCAAGGAGCGCGAGGGCAAGACGGGCGAUGGCAUGGGCAAUGUCAAAGUCAAGGGCACUAACUUCUACCGCGAUGCGAAGAAGGUCAAGGUCCUCAAGCGCCUCACAGACGGCAAAGCUCAGCGCAAUGCCAAGGGAGAUGUUACCAAGGCCGCUGUCUACCAAAACCGCGAUGCGCCUGUCGCCCGUGUCGAGCCCAACAGGAAAUGGUUCAACAACACGCGAGUAAUAUCGCAAGAUGCUCUGGACAGCUUCCGUUCGGCCGUACAGGCACAAGCCUCCGACCCUACUACCUUCCUGAUGAAGCGCAACAAGCUUCCCAUGAGCUUGAUCGAGACACCAGGGCAAAUCCCAGGCCUGAAGCAACACGCUGCUAAGAUUGCCGUCGGCAGUCAGCCUUUCUCGGAGACCUUUGGCCCCAAGGCUCAGCGCAAACGACCAAAGCUAGACUUCAGCUCUAUUGAGGAUCUCGCUGGCCGCACAGGAAGCAUGCACGAGACAUAUGUGGAGCGCCUUGAGCAGGCCAAGCUGUUGUCAGGCACAUCUGGCGAGGCUGAGACCAACGACAACGAGUCCUUUGCCGACAAUCCCAACGGCGAACUCACAUCUGCGCGAGAGUUCAUUUUCAUGAAGGGUACCUCGAAGCGUAUUUGGAACGAAUUGUACAAGGUCAUUGACUCGUCCGAUGUCAUUCUUCACGUUCUAGACGCCCGUGAUCCCGAUGGAACUCGUUGCCGCUCUGUCGAGAAGUACAUCCGUACCGAGGCACCUCAUAAGCAUCUGGUUUUUGUGCUUAACAAGGUCGAUCUUGUUCCGUCCAAGGUUGCUGCUGCAUGGGUACGCCACCUUAGCAAAGAGUUCCCAACGCUUGCUUUCCACGCCUCCAUCAACAACAGCUUCGGUAAAGGUUCCUUGAUCGCCCUUCUUCGACAGUUUAGCUCUCUCCACAGCGACCGUAAACAGGUCUCCGUGGGUAUGGUUGGCUACCCAAACACCGGUAAAUCGUCCAUCAUCAACACCCUGCGGAAGAAAAAGGUGUGCGUUGUUGCACCUAUCGCUGGUGAGACCAAGGUCUGGCAAUACAUCACCCUGAUGAAGCGUAUUUACAUGAUCGACUGUCCUGGUAUUGUCCCACCAAAUCAGAACGAUACCGAUCAGGAUCUCCUGCUCCGUGGUAGUGUUCGUGUGGAGAAUGUCGAGUACCCAGCACAGUACAUCGAAGAGGUGUUGAAACGGGUACAACCGCGUCAUCUCCAGCGAACGUACGACAUCAAGGAGAAGGACUACAACAACGAUGCCGUCGCGUUCUUGGAACUGAUAUGCCGGAAGAGUGGUCGUCUACUCAAGGGCGGUGAAGCUGACAUCGAUGGUGCUGCCAAGAUGGUCUUGAACGACUGGAUAAGAGGAAAGCUUCCAUGGUUCACUCCACCGCCGUACAAGGAGGGUGAUGACGUGAGCGGACCCAUCAACCCCAAGCGCGAAGGCAAAAUGGGUGAGAUGAGUAAGAAGAGGAAACGAGGCGGUGAGAGCGAAGCUAAUGGCAGCGUUGCUGCAAAGACGGACGCUACUGGUGCUACCCAAGACGAGACCGAUGACGAUGACGAGGACGAGGACUUCAGUGGCUUCAGUGAUGAAAACGGCCUGGAGAUGGACGGUGACGAGGAGGUGUCUGACGACGACGAAGAAGGCGGCACACUUCUCGAUGCAGCCGACGAUGAUGAGGAGAGUGAAGACGAUGCACAAGUUGAGGAAGAGCUUGCGGCGAUAACGCAAGCGCUUUCCAAAGCGAAGAAACGGCAAAAGACCACAUGA